UCUCCCCGCCCCAGGGCUGCCGGGCGGAAGGCGGCGGCGGAGACCAGACGCUGAGCCAUGGCCGAGCUGCUGCAGACGCUGACUGGAAAACCAAAAUGCUACACAUUUCUACCUAUGAUCCUUUUCCUAGUGAUGCUGGUCUUGGUCUUGUUUGGUUACGGGGUCCUAAGCCCCAGAAGCCUAGUGCCAGGAAGCCUGGAACAGGGGUUCUGGAUGGUCUACCCCCAGCCAAAGGUGCUGACACCCUGGUUCUCCUGACAUCUGAAUUCGGAGGCCCACAACUGUCCUCUUUCCCUUUGCUUUCUUUGACUUGCGUCUCUUGUUUCCUGUCCCUUUGCUCACCAAAGCCCCUGCAAAGGCCUGAUAGUAGGAAGGACGUCCUUGUCGUGACCCCUUGGCUGGCUCCCAUUGUCUGGGAGGGCACGUUCAACAUCGACAUCCUCAACGAGCAGUUCAGGCUCCAGAACACCACUAUCGGGUUAACUGUGUUUGCCAUCAAAAAAUACGUGGCCUUCCUGAAGCUGUUCCUGGAGACGGCGGAGAAGCACUUCAUGGUGGGCCACCGGGUCCACUACUACGUCUUCACCGACCAACCGGCCGCGGUGCCGCGCGUGGCGCUGGGGACCGGUCGGCAGCUGUCGGUGCUUGGGGUGCGCGCCUAUAAGCGCUGGCAGGACGUGUCCAUGCGCCGCAUGGAGAUGAUCAGCGACUUCUGCGAGCGGCGCUUCCUCAGCGAGGUGGAUUACCUGGUGUGCGUGGACGUGGACAUGGAGUUCCGCGACCACGUGGGCGUGGAGAUCCUGGCUUCGCUGUUCGGCACCCUGCACCCCGCCUUCUACGGAAGCAGCCGGGAGGCCUUCACCUACGAGCGCCGGCCCCAGUCCCAGGCCUACAUCCCCAAGGACGAGGGUGAUUUCUACUACUUGGGGGGGUUCUUCGGGGGGUCGGUGCAGGAGGUGCAGCGGCUCACCAGGGCCUGCCACCAGGCCAUGAUGGUCGACCAGGCCAACGGCAUCGAGGCCGUGUGGCACGACGAGAGCCACCUGAACAAGUACCUGCUGCGCCACAAACCCACCAAGGUGCUCUCCCCCGAGUACCUGUGGGACCAGCAGCUGCUGGGCUGGCCUGCGGUCCUGAGGAAGCUGAGGUUCGCGGCGGUGCCCAAGAACCACCAGGCAGUCCGGAACCCGUGAGCGGCUGCCAGGGGCUCUGGGAGGGCUGCCGGCAGCCCCUCCCCCUCCCGCCCUUGGUUUUAGCAGAACGGGUAAACGCUGCUUCCUUUGUCCUGUUGCGAGUAACUGAAGCCUAGGUCUCACCCCCACCUCAAAUCACACACACCCCCUCCCCGCCACAGAGACAC